UCUAACUGUUGCUCAGAAGUCGCAAAUGUUGUCUUAUUUUAUUUGGAGGAGCUGUAAAUUGCCGAAAGAAAACUUCAGACACCAGACCUAUCGAUAGGAUGGCAGAGAGGGAAGGAGCUGGUGCAGCAACGGGAAGAGUCCGAAGAAGCAGCAUGGAUGAACCUCCUUCAGUUUCAGAUGUUUCAGUUCCAGACUUCAGGCUUGUUCUUGUUGGAAAAACUGGUGCAGGAAAAAGCUCCAGUGGAAACACUAUAUUAGGAAGAGGCGCCUUUAGAGCUGCAACCAAACACUCCUCAGAGACCACUGAAUGCUCCAAACAACGUGAAAUGAUGUUCAGCAGGAUGGUUUCUGUUGUUGACACCCCCGGUCUCUUUGACACCGAUCAGUCUGACAAAACAGUGAAGAGAGAAAUCUCAAAAUGCAUCAACAUGACAGCUCCAGGGCCCCAUGCUAUUUUGCUGGUUAUCAAAUUUGGACCCUUUACACCAGAAGAAAGAGAGGCAGUGAUGAAGGUGGAGGAGAUCUUUGGAGAGGAGGCCUGGAAGUACGCCAUCAUCCUCUUCACCCAUGGUGAUGAGAUCAAGUCAGACUUUGAGCAGAACCUCGAGAAUGCUCCAGCUGACCUGCAGGAGAUCUUACAGAAGGCUGGAAACAGAUACCAUGUGUUCAACAACCUCCAAGCAAGCGAUCGUCGACAAGUUAUGACUCUGCUGGAGAAGAUCCAGAAGAUGGUAGAUGACAAUGGAGGACAGUUUUACUCAAAUGACACCUAUGAAGAGGCUAAGAAGAUGUUGGAUCAGCGAGAACUUGAGAUCAAGCAGUAUUAUGAGAAGGUGCUGGAAGAGAAAAUAAAAGCUGUGAAGGCAGAUUAUGAGAGGCAGUUGAGUGAAGCCAAAGAGGAACAUGAGCAGGUAGUGAAAAUGUUGGAGUCUGAGUUGGAGGAGUUGAAGCGAUACUACCGCGUCCUAGAGAGCGAAGUCCGUCAGUUUUUAGAGCAGAUAGAAAAAGAUGAUGACUAUAGCGAACUUUUCAAGCGGUAUGAGAAAACCCUUAAACUUAAUUGAAGAAGUGUAAUUUUUUGAGAAUCUUAUUCAGUGUCAUUGAUUUUAUAUCACUGACUUUGUAAUUUUAUAAUGUAAACGUUACUGUAAUCCGAAUAGUAUUACUCUGUGAUGAAACUGACCAGUUCAGCCAGCAUUUUUUUUUUUUUUACAAGGUUUUUAGAUUUUGUUUUGGGGUAUUCUUAGAUAAUUUGCACCAAACAUGUCUAACUCUGGGACAAAGAACCUGUGUUUUUCCUGAAAUAAACAGUAUGAUUGCUGGAAA